AUGGCCCGCCAGCCCGUCUACGAGAAGACGUUAGGUCCACGUGUCAAGCAGCGAGAACCCAACCAGGGCCCGGACCGACCGGCCCAGAGUCCCGCAAUCACCCUCCACGGGCCGCAGCAGCAGCCGCGCGCAGGUCCACUCCACCCGGUGCCGCCAUCGCCAUCGCCCCCGGGAGUGUCAGCUACACCAGGCCACAAGGGAGGCCCACCGCCCGAAGCCACCACGGCACCAGGGGAGCAGCCGCCGCGCCCCGGUAUUUUCCAGUACCCAGCAGCUACCAGUCCCAACACCCCAUGGUUCCAGCAGCAGUGGCGGUGGCAAUCCCACAACCCCGACUUCCGCCGCCAGAGAUCACGACCCAGUGUUCAGGCAAGCGUCAGCGGCCAUUGA